GCAAAAGCGAUGGCAGCAUCUCCCCACUAAAUUGUUUUCAUUCAAAAUCAACAUGAACUCCUUCCUCCACUACCACGAUUAAAGAAGAAAGAAAUACAGAUAUGGAGGAGAAUAGGAACAAGAAGGAGGAGGGCAAGGCAGUAAUAGUAGGAGGGAGCAUAGCAGGUGUAUCAUGCGCUCACUCGCUUCUUUCAGCUGGUUGGGAUGUUGUCCUGCUCGAGAAAUCUAGCGGUCCACCUACUGGCAGCCCUACUGGCGCUGGACUCGGCCUCGACCCUCUUGCUCAACGUAUUAUUCACUCAUGGCUCCCUCACUGCCCCCACCUUCUUCACAAAUCCACUGUGCCCCUCACUAUUGAUCAGAACCAAGCAACGGAUGGUGAGAAAGUUCGGUGGACUCUGGCAAGAGAUGAGAACUUCAAUUUCAGAGCAGCACAUUGGGCUGAUCUCCAUAGUCUUUUAUUCAAUGCGCUGCCACCCAAUAUAUUCCUUUGGGGUCACCUGUACCUUUCUUUUGCCAUUUCUGAAUAUAAAACCUCUGUUGUUGUAAAGGCUAAAGUUCUUCAAACCAAUGAAAUCAUAGAGAUGGAGAGUGAUCUUCUUGUUGCCGCUGAUGGGUGUCUCUCUUCAAUUCGCCAAAGCUUUCUUCCAGACCUUAAAUUGAGGUAUUCAGGUUACUGUGCGUGGCGAGGAGUUCUUGAUUUUUCAGGGAAUAAGAAUUCAGAAAUCAUCCAGGGCAUGCGGAGUGCAUACCCUGACCUUGGGAAAUGCUUGUACUUUGACCUGGGUUCUGAAACUCACAGUGUGUUUUAUGAGCUCCUCAACAACAGGCUCAAUUGGAUUUGGUAUGUCAAUCAAGCUGAGCCUGAGCUGAAGGGAAAUUCAGUCACUUUGAAAGUAAGAGAUGACAUUAUCAAAAAUAUGCACCAAGAGGCAGAGAAGGUUUGGGCACCGGAGUUGGUGAAAGUCAUGAAAGAAACAAAAGAACCCUUCAUAAAUGCUAUAUAUGAUUGUGAUCCUUUGAAACAAAUUUUUUGGAGUAAUGUGGUACUAAUUGGAGAUGCUGCUCACCCGACAACACCUCAUGGUUUGAGAAGCACAAACAUGUCAAUAUUAGAUGCAGCAGUCUUAGGAAAAUGUUUGGAGAAGUGGGGAGUGGAGAAUUUAUUCUCAGCUCUUGAAGAGUAUCAGUCAAUUCGAUUGCCCGUCACUUCAAAACAAGUGCUACAUUCACGACGGCUCGGUCGAAUUAAACAAGGGUUAACUCUUCCUGAUCGUGAUCCUUUUAAUCCAAAGACAGCAACUCCACAAGAGUGUCAAGAGCUUCAACAGAAAACCAUGCCUUUCUUUGCUGACAUUCCUUCAGUAUUGGUUGAUUCAGCUCAAUGCUCCGCUUGAAUUAUCAUAACAUAGGGCGUAUUCCAAGCAACACAAAAAUAUGUGGCUUCUAUUCUUGUACUCCUGUCUGUAAUCCAUUUUUAGCCGAAACGACUUGAGUUUGGAUAGAGCUAAAUAUUCAUCUGUUGUUGAAAACCAAAUAACACCUCUCUGCUCCUAUGUAAUUGUUACAAUAAUGCUACGACACCGAAGACUU